CGAACCGGAAGAAGGCGUUAGCUACUGAGGAAAGGGUUGCUAACCAGCGUUAGCAUUUAGUAAUCAAGACGUAGCAGGCUAGUUGAAUGUGCGAGACUGCUUGAUGCAGCCAGACUGUUGUCUGCAGUGCAGUGUCAGGGGAGUCAGUCGAAGAGCCACUUGUAUUUAGCACUUUUAGCUGCUAGCGAGCAAAUCCCUUCCACAGAAGGUUGCAUUCAAUUUGCUGAAAGAUGGGUACAAGAGACGACGAAUACGAUUAUUUGUUUAAAGUGGUGCUGAUUGGAGACUCUGGCGUGGGAAAGAGUAACCUCCUGUCUCGCUUCACCCGCAACGAGUUCAACCUGGAGAGCAAGAGCACCAUCGGGGUGGAGUUCGCUACGCGCAGCAUCCAGGUUGACGGCAAGACGGUGAAGGCCCAGAUCUGGGACACGGCAGGACAGGAGCGCUACAGGGCUAUCACCUCAGCGUACUACCGUGGCGCUGUGGGGGCUCUGCUGGUGUAUGACAUCGCUAAGCACCUGACCUACGAGAAUGUGGAGCGCUGGCUGAAGGAGCUGCGGGAUCACGCUGACAGCAACAUCGUCAUCAUGCUGGUGGGCAACAAGAGUGACCUGCGCCACCUCAGGGCCGUGCCCACUGACGAGGCCAGGGCAUUCGCAGAGAAGAAUGGCCUUUCUUUCCUGGAAACGUCAGCCCUGGAUUCCACUAACGUAGAGACGGCCUUCCAGACCAUUCUGACAGAAAUCUACCGCAUCGUGUCCCAGAAGCAGAUGUCAGACCGCCGAGACAACGACAUGUCGCCUAGCAACAACGUAGUGUCCAUCCAGGUGCAGCCCACCGAGAACAAACCCAAGAUGCAGUGCUGCCAGAGCAUCUAGCAGCCCCCCUACCACCACACACACACACACACACACACACACACAACCUCACACCCACACACCCACACAACCACACAACCACACAACCACACACACACACACACACACACAACCACAACCACACAUACACACACACACACACAGACACACACACUCACCAUCCAAGCCCCCCUCUCCUCUGUAAGACUGCUUUGGUCCUGGGCUGCAGCUCUGUUAGGCAGACAGGAGCGCGGUGAGGCCAGGCCUGAAUGGCUUUAAAGAGUCACCACCUGCAGUCUCUGGACUGAGCUUUUAAGUUUGGGGCUUUUUUUUUAAUUAUUAUUAUUUUGUUUUUGUCUUUUAUUUUCUGCCGUUGUAGGCUUUUUAUAUUGCAAAAAAUUAAUAAUCACAUGUGCUGAUCUUCACAGAAAUGUCUUAAUAUAUAUGAUUUUGUUUUUGUUUGUGUGUGUGUGUGAGUGUGCGUGGAUGUGUGUUUGUUUUUUUUGUUUGUUUUUUUCUCAGCAACAUGUGGUAUUUGUUCAUGCUGUAUGUCUUAUGAGAGGGCACCACCUGAUUGGUCUGUCUUAUUGACAGGUGAUGGGAUGGACAGGGAAGGGGGUUGGGCUUGACCGGCUCUGAUUGGAGGGCUGGCUUAUUAGUGCUGUGGCAGGCUCUGAUUGGAUGGUUUAUAGAUGCUGAGAGAUUCCGAUUGGGUGGCUUUGUAACAUCCUCAUCACUUGACCUGGAUAUGUGUCAGUCCAACAUUAAAGUCCUUUGCAGAGAUUGGACAACAACAAAACCCCACAA